AUGGCGCUUGGAUUGGUGACGGCCCAAUCUUCCUCCUCGACGUCCUCAGGUAGUGGCGCGUCGGAAUCGAGCGGGAUCAGCAGACUUGGAAGUGGUGAGCAGUCAACGCCACCGAGUUCAACCGCAGCCGAUGGUGGUCACAUUGUCAGUGCCGUGGCAAAACGCGGUCGCUUGCUCAUCCGCCAACAGCGCAUCAAGAAGGAAAGCGAUUCCUCCGCUACGGGACAGCAAGAGUACGAACCGGAUACGCCAUCGGACGAUAGCCCGACGACGCAAUAUGGGCACCAGCAUCUUCUGACCGUGCCAUCACCCCAUCGCUUCGAACGCCAGGUGUCCGAACCGAUCUUGCCUCUGUCCUCGUCGAUAUCCGUCAUCGGUGGCACGAGCAGUGGCAGUCCCGGUGGUGGUGUAUCCGGCGAGGUUGGCCGUCAAGGCUCGACUGAUCGGCCUCAUGGUCACCUACUAUCGGUGCCUACCCAGCAAGCGUACCUGGUGAAGCAGCACUCGCAUCCAUUAUUACCGAGCCAAACAUCCUCCAGCAGUGGCGUUGGCCAUGGAGGCACUGCUCCGUCGUUUCACUCGAUGCAAUCGUACACUCUGCAGCGGCAGCUCUCUCAUCCUGGCACGGGUCAAAUCGGCAGCUCGACUCCACUCACGUUGGUGACGAGUAGCAGUGGCUCCACGCACUACCUUACUCCGUCGUCGUCGUUGAAGACGGACUCCGAUGAGGAGGGAGGCAGCAUCCCGAUCGUAACGGCCAGCGCCGUUCCGACGAUUCAGCUGCAAUCGAGCAUUGAGCGAACGAGUGCCAGCCCGACGGUGGUCAUCGUUCCAGUGGACCACGCCACACAACCUGUAGCCGGUGGCAAUGGUAUGAGUGGAUCCAUCAACACCAGCGAGCAGCCGGUAAACACCGUCACGAUAACGUCUGCCCUGGCCAGCACCAUCCGUAUCAAGGGCGAAGAAUUGGCUCGGUCGAUAUCAACUCCAUUGACUUCUUCCCGUUCCUCCGACAUACCGGGACUAGACAAUCCGCGGUCGAGCCACUGUCCGGUAGUGCGCGAAGGGCCUGCCCUCGGUUGCAACUUCUGUUGGAACACGAUCGACGCUCACGGGCGCAUCUUGCGGCGCAAAACCAAGUACCACUGUCCGGAAUGCCAGACGAACCUGUGCAUCGUGCCGUGCUUCCAGGAGUACCACGAGCGUCAAUCGGCGGAAAACCCUACACCGACGAAUGACAGCGGCGGUGGGACGAAAUCGAACCUGCGGCAUUACUCUAAGUCAGGGUCGAUGUAA